CGGGCAUCGCACAUGCAUGGACAGAAUCAGAAUCGACGAGGCUGUUGUUGAGGCAGCCUGAGAGCUAAAACCCCUUUUUCCACCUCUGCUCUGAAGAACAGAGCCAGGCCAAGCACCGAAGAAUCCAAGAGGCCGAGUGAAACCUUGCCCAAUGGCGCUCGCCGUCGCCGGAGCCAUCGCCACUUGCAGCAUCCUGCUCCUGCUACGUACGCCCUACGCCGAGGGACAGUCGUCCGAGGCGACGUCGGAGGCCUUCAUGAUGGAGCAGAUCUUGUCGGACAACGGGUGCGGUGCCUUCGCCGGCCUCAUCGCCUCGACUGCCGCCGCGGGCGAGGCGUUCCGCGCGCAGAUCGCCGGCGGCAGGGGGCUCACAAUCUUCUGCCCGGACGACGAGGCGGUGGCGGCGUUCGGCUCAGGCAGGUUCGGCAACCUCAGCGCCGACGGCCAGGCCGCGCUUCUGCUUUACCACGGCGUGGCGACGCUCUACUCCGAGGAGGCGCUCGGGGCGAUGUUCGACAGGAAGGUGGCCACGCUCGCUCACGGGCCUGGGGACUACGACAUCCACAUCUUCAGAGGCCCGGGCAUUCCGAUGAUACUUUCUUCGUCGCCGAACAUGGCCUGCAUCACCAAGAUGGUCGUCAACGAUCGCCUAGUUGUCUUCCUCAUCGACUCCGUGCUGGUUCCGGGAGAGCGGACGGCUUCGGCGUCCUGGAACUGGGACUGGGAACACGUCUUGCUGGUGGUGGUUUGCAUAGCCGUUGCGCUCGUGGCGUUAGUCGCGCUGUUGAUUGGGCUUGUGCUGUUGAAAAGAUUGUGUCAAGAUUGCGCUACUGCCUACGUUUCUGCAUCCCGUGUCACUCCACAUGGGUGACAGACACAAGGGCGACCCGAACCAUUGCCGUUCCGGUGGUGUUGCGAGCACAGAUAGUUGAAUCCGCCCCUGCCGUGUUGCAGGAUGGGCGUCCACGUAUAGUUUCUCCGUCCUUGUCCAUUGAU